CUCAACGUUCUCCUGUCUCCACGGCAACGCGGACUCGGGUACCACUUGCACUUGCAACAGUACAAGGAACAGGAAAGAGCAUUUCGCCGCAGCUUAGUAAUGGAUCUAGAACUGGAGCUGUCCUCCUCCAGUCUGUACCCAGACUUCCUCUUCUCCAAUGCGACACAGAACUUGUCCUAUUCUCCUUCAUCCAAUGCCAGCCUCGGUGUCCCGGGCCAGGGAUUCUCCAGGAAUCAUGCUUCCAUUAUCAUGGCAGUGGCUAUCACUGCCCUCUAUUCUGUGGUGUGUGUAGUGGGGCUUCUCGGCAACAUCUUGGUCAUGUAUGGGAUUGUCAGAUACACCAAAAUGAAGACUGCUACCAACAUUUAUAUAUUCAAUCUUGCAUUGGCAGAUGCCCUUGCCACCAGUACACUCCCCUUCCAGAGUGCCAAGUAUCUCAUGGAAACCUGGCCCUUUGGGGAGAUCCUCUGUAAGAUAGUUAUAUCCAUAGACUACUACAAUAUGUUCACCAGCAUUUUCACCUUGACCAUGAUGAGUGUGGACCGUUAUGUGGCUGUUUGUCAUCCUGUUCGGGCACUGGACUUCCGUACACCUUCAAAAGCUAAAGUUAUAAAUGUAUGCAUCUGGAUCCUAUCAUCAGUCAUUGGUGUUCCAAUUAUGGUUAUGGCAGUAACCAAAAUUAACAAAGCUGGAACAAUCACCUGUACACUUCAGUUUCCUCGUCCUGACUGGUACUGGGAUACAGUUACAAAAAUCUGCGUCUUCAUCUUUGCCUUUGUAGUGCCAGUCCUCGUAAUUACAGUGUGCUAUGGUCUAAUGAUUCUGCGCCUUCGCAGCGUUCGACUUCUCUCUGGCUCCAGGGAAAAAGAUCGUAAUCUGCGUCGAAUCACCCGCAUGGUACUAGUUGUGGUAGCUGCAUUCAUUAUUUGCUGGACACCCAUCCAUAUUUUUGUCAUUGUGUGGACCAUGGUAGAUAUUGACAAGAGAAAUCCAUAUGUUGUAGCAAGCUGGCAUUUCUGCAUUGCAUUAGGCUACACCAACAGCAGCCUUAACCCUGUCCUAUAUGCUUUUCUGGAUGAAAAUUUCAAGAGAUGCUUCCGGGAGUUCUGUCUUCCCUUCCGUUCCCACUCAGAACAAAGCAGUUUCAGCCGAGCUCGCAACACCACUAGAGACCAAGUUUCCACCUGCGCUCAGUCACAUGCUCCAGACAAGCCAGUAUGACUAGACAUGGAUGGCCGAAGGAGAGGAUCCCGAGGCCGCAGAGGAGAAGAUCUGAACUCUGAAGUCACUCAGGUUACUAGUACCACUGAAUUUUAGCAGGAAGACUCUUUGUACAUUCAGAACUGAGAUCAUGUUGUCCAUUCUUAAAAUAUUUUCUCAAAUGCCAGUCCCUUUCUCUCUACAAACAUGCCAUUUAGUCUUAAGGUAUGGUAUUUAUCCUUACACCUGUUUAUUAAAAACUCUUUCAUUCAAAUGACAAUUCAACUGACAAUCAAAACAUCUACCAUCCAGUGUGUUUGGAUGUUAUGUGACUUAAAAAAUCAAGCAGUUCUUAGAUCUUUUUCCUUAAGGAAUAUUUAUGAGUAUGGGACAUUUGUCUUCAAUAGAGACCAAUAUAUUGUUCUAGAUAUCUGGAUACUUGUUUUUCUUGAAACUUUUUGAUCUAAUCUCAAUUUCAAUGCCUAGUUGAUGGUUACCUAGAGUUUCAAGUUACUGAUUCCUCUUCAGUUGCUAGUCCAAAAUGCCAGCACAUAAUUUUCCUGAAGUCUUGAACAGUUUCUGAACUCGAGAAUUUUAGGGAUGUGAAAUAAGUUUUCACAGUAGAGAAUAAACUGUUGAGUGUGCACUGGACUGGGUCACGCUUUGUCAUCAAGACCUGUAUUGAGGAUAUGUUGAACUUUGCUUUUCAAAUGACUGAACAAUUUCAAGUUUCCAUCACAUUUGAAUUUAUUAACUAUAAAUGAAUAAAAUAGACUUUGGUUGGAAGGAGUGUUUAAUUAGCUGAGACCAUCCAUAUUCCGAAAUAUGCCAACAUGAUUUAACAUAAAUUUUGGAUCUGCUUAUUAAAGAAACCUAUG